AUGGCUUCUUCGGAUGAGCCAUGUCGGGAGGAAGCUCCUGUACAGUCUGCAAAGCGCUCGCAGCUGCAGCGCCUCCAUGAUAUACAAGCACGGUCACGGAGCGUGCCUCCAGCCCCCAACUCAAGCGAGACGUCCGGGGCUGCUGCCACAGAUGUCGUAGCCAGGCAGCCGUCGCAUACAGAUGCACUGCUCCAACUCAGCCAGCAGACGCACGCAAGGCCACCCUCCGACUGCCAAGCACCAGCACCAGGGACUCGCGAGUGGGCAAACUUGGGAAGCACUCGCGUAGCUCCGUGCUGUCCAGAACCCGUCACAGGGGAUGCACUUGCUCGCAGUCAGUCAGGAGUGGCGCCGCACCCGGUGCGCUUCCCACGUCCUGCUCCCAAGUCACAGUUCCUCCAGAAGCUGCGAGAGUUGGAGGCUGACUUAGAGCUGGCCAGGGGUCUGAACAUGCCGCUGCCCCCGAACCUUGCCCAGCGCGUCCGGCGCCUUCCGAUCCGAACCGGGCUCCUGAAAGAUGUGCAGGACACGGGCGCUCCGGUCCCGGCCUCCCUUAUAUGUGGCUCUGCGGAGACGCGACGGCGCUUGCCUCAGCCCAAAGAGAGGCCAGCAAGUUUCAGGAGCUCCAGUACCUUCAACCACCUCAAAGACAGGUGUUCUGGCCCAGUUGAGGGCUUAGUUGACCCGCUGAGUCGAAGUGUGUCUGCAAGUGCUCUGCAGACAGCUCUCGAGAAGGAGGUCCGAGAGCCUCUCAGAGACCUGCAGCUUUUGCUAGAGCAGGUAAGAGCAGGGCAAGAGAUUUUUCAGCAAAGCCUCGAGCGUUUUGUGCAGAACCAAGCAGGCUCUAGCACGAUUCCGCAUGCCGAGCCAAAGCCCUGGAUUCACUUGGACUCUUACCCACACGCAGAGAACACUACAGGUAGCACGACACCCCUGCAACCCUUCUUGCAGCACUUGGCAGUGCAGGGCAAGACGCCCGCGCAGCCAAGCCAAAGAAUCAGUCAGCCCAGCGGCGGAAUCGAACCUGCCUUGGCCCAGACCUGGGAACAGCCCGUGAUGGGCACUCAACUGCCGCUGGCUGUUGGGGCAGAAACCUUUGCUCCACUUCAGCGUGCAGCAGACCAGCUGGAGUUGACCCGAAGCGAGGACAAAGCGGCCUCCAAGCCCGGUCAAUCCUCACAGCCGCAGCAUCAGCCGCAACACGCGCAGCGUCCGCAACAUGCGCAGCGUGCGCAGCGUGGUCUCCCGCCGGAGCCCAUUGUAGGGACAAUGGAGGCAAUGCCGGCGCAGCGGCCGCAGGCAUCGAACAUGCCCAGCAUGCACAGCAUGCCGGUGAUCCCGCAGCAGGAGACGCUGAUGCAGGCCUAUCUGGCCUUCCUAAAUGGCGAGGUCACUGGCCUACCUCCAGAGCCUGCACCAUCACUGCGAGGCCCGAUGGAUGGGAUUGACACCAUUGGGCGGCCCCGCAGCCCCGAGGCACCUCAAGAAGGCAUCCAGGACCUGCCGGAGGUGUACAGAGCCGCGGUCAACAUCAUUUGCGACCACGGCUGGGAAGCUUUGCAUGGUGGAGACAAUUCAGGACCAUGCUGGACAGCCCUCCACUGGGCAGCGGCAGAGGGAAGGGAUGAUGUUUGUCUACUCUUGCUCAGCUGCCGCGCAGAUCCGAGCCACGAGGACGAGAUCGGCAGAAGCCCUGCGUACUACGCCAAUCUGCAUGGGCACUCUGCGACAGCGGUCCUGCUUCAUAGCUCAUCCGGAACCGAGCAGGGGAAGCUGCUUUUCGAGAAGGACGAGGAUGACCCCGCGGAGCGGUUGUCGGCUGCCAGCACAGGGGUGGUUAGCUAUCCCUCGGCCUUUGACCGUGGCUCCGCCUGGUCUCCCUCGGUGCUCCAGGCGACUCCUGGCCCUCCCACGCCUCGGGACGUAACUCCGCGAAGCUGA